AGAGAGAGAGAGAGUUGAGAGACAGCCAUUGAAUUUCGCACGAAAGUUUGCUCCCCCUAAAACCAUGCCUCCCCUCCUCUCCUCCAUUUUCGCCCCAUUUUACAUCCAAAACAACUCUCUCUCUCUCUCUCUCUCUCUCUCUCUCUCUCUCUAUUCCGAUUCGAUCACCGUCAAAAAAAAGAAAAAAAAAGAGCGCAGCAAUGCGUUCAUAUUCUCCACGAUAUCAUAGGGUUUCGUUCUGAUCGUAUGACAAUGCAGAUAAAAAAAAAAUGAUAGAUAUCACCGUUGUUAAAGGCCGCAGAUGUCAAGGUAAUGUGGAUUGAAAUCGGAUGCAGGAAGGGAAGAUGCAUUUCGAAGAGGUCCCCGACGAGUCGCCGAUGUUUCGGCAGCAGGAAAGCAAGUUCCAAUUUGCCAAGCUCGACGAUUCGCCUAUGUUUCGGCAACAGAUCCAAGGUUUGGAAGAAAGCACUGAUGCAUUAAGGGAGAGAACUUCAAAGUUUUGUAAAGGAUGCCGAAAGUACACAGAAGGGCUUGGAGAAGGAUAUGAUAGGGACAUUGCGUUUGCAAGUGCUCUUGAAACUUUUGGAGGGCACAAUGAUCCAAUUUGUGCUGCUUUUGGAGGCCCUGUCAUGAUCAAAUAUGCAAUUGCUUUGAGAGAAAUUGGAACUUACAAAGAAAUGCUUCGGUCACAGGUAGAUCACAUGCUAAAUGAUAGGUUACUACCCUUCAUCAACGCUGACCUCCAAGAUGUCAAGGAAGCUCGGAAGCGUUUUGACAAGGCUAAUGUUACAUAUGACCAGGCGCGUGAGAAGUAUCUGGCGUUGCGUAAAAGUACUAGGCUAGAUAUUGCUGCUGCCAUAGAGGAGGAACUUCACAUUGCAAGAUCGACAUUUGAGCAAGCUCGCUUUAAUUUGGUUGGUGCUCUUGCUAAAGUUGAAGGAAAAAAGAGGUUUGAAUUGGUGGAGGUUGUUAAUGGGACAAUGGAUGCUCAUCUUCGUUACUUCAAACAGGGAUAUGAGCUAUUGCAUCAACUCCAGCCUUAUAUCAACCAGGUUAUGGUUUAUGCACAACAUGCAAAAGAAAGUUCCAAGUAUGAGCAAGCAGCUCUUAAUGAGAAGAUGCAAGAGUACAAAAGGCAGGUUGAUCAAGAUAAUCGGCAGUACUUGAAUGGAUCUCGUGGUACUUCCAAUAGAGAUUCUAUACAACCCUUCGCCAGAAGUUCCCACAAAGAGAUAAAGGAAGUGAUGCAGUCUGCUGCAGAAGGAAAGGUUCAAACCAUUAAACAAGGAUACCUAUCCAAACGUUCCUCUAAUUUGAGGGGUGAUUGGAAGAGAAGAUUUUUUGUUCUUGAUAAUCGGGGGAUGCUGUAUUACUAUCGGAAACAAUGGACCAGGUCCUCUGGAGGUGGGACCCAACUUCCUGUACAGAAGAACAAUCCCACUGAACCUGGUUCUGGGCUUCUGAGUCGGUGGCUAUCUUCUCAUUACCAUGGUGGGGUUCACGAUGAAAAAUCUGUCGCGCGUCACACUGUGAACCUCCUGACAUCGACGAUUAAAGUUGAUGCUGAUCAGUCAGAUUUGAGGUUCUGCUUCCGGAUAAUUUCACCAACAAAGAACUAUACCUUGCAGGCAGAGAGUGCUCUGGACCAAAUGGACUGGAUCGAAAAAAUAACUGGAGUUAUUGCUUCGUUGUUGAGUUCCCAGACACCUGAGAGGCGUCUCUCUACUAGUCCAACAAUUACUGGUGGUUAUGGGCCUGGCUCUCAGAAUAGUUCCGUCGGAAGUUCUUGCGAUUUUGAUCAAAGAGAAAAUGGACAACAUGAUCUUCCUUCUAGGAAUUUGGUGCGUGCGUCAAAAAGUUUACAACAGCUACAGUCCAGUGUAAAACGUGAGAAGCCGGUUGAUACAUUGAAAAGAGUGCCUGGAAAUGACAAAUGUGCCGAUUGUGGUGCGCCUGAACCAGACUGGGCCUCUUUAAACCUUGGUGUGCUUAUCUGCAUUGAGUGUUCUGGUGUUCACCGCAAUCUCGGUGUGCACAUAUCUAAAGUAAGGUCAUUAGCUCUUGAUGUUAAAGUGUGGGAACCUUCUGUAAUCAGCUUGUUUCAGGCACUGGGUAAUGUGUUUGUGAACUCAAUAUGGGAGGGGCUUUUACAAGCACAAAGAACUUUUCAGGCUGAUGAAAUACCAAUCAAGUUUUUUGAAUCUGACAAGCACAAGCUAUUUUUUAGUAAGCCCAGCCGUGAUUCUCAUAUUUCAAAGAAGGAGAAGUUCAUUCACACGAAGUAUGCAGAAAAGCGAUUUGUUCACAAAGGGCAGGACAAUAACCACAUGCUUUCAGUGGCACAACAGUUGUGGGAAAGUGUCCGUGCUAAUGACAAGAAAGCUGCUUACCGCUUUAUCAUCACUUAUGAAGUUGAUGUUAAUGGUAUGCGCGGGCCAUCUUCGCAUCAUACUUCUAUAAAUUUGUCCAGAGCAAUGCAAUUUCAAGAGCAAGAACAAAGUUCUGAUCAAUUCUUUGACUGCUUAGCUGAUUAUUUGGAUGGCGCCUCUAGCUCUUUUAGUUCACCUGGAGAAGGCGAAGAUCAGUUCAUGGACGAAUUUCUUGACGGUUGUUCCCUGCUUCACCUCGCUUGCCAGACAGCCGAUAUUGGCAUGGUAGAGUUGCUCCUACAGCACGGCGCAAACAUGAAUGCUUCUGAUUCAAGAGGUCAGACACCACUACAUCAUUGCAUCGUCAGAGGAAGAAUUUCAACUGCAAAACUUCUUCUUACCAGGGGAGCUGAUCCACAAGUUCUUGAUAGAGAAGGUAAAACCCCUCUUCAGCUUGUCUCAGAAACCAGCGACGAUGUUGAGCUCCUCGCACUUUUAAAAAACCGGAACAGGUAGCAAUUUUGAAUGAGAUCACUAGGAAGGCAGACAUAACGACGUCUCAGACACGAAUGGAAGAUUGGGUAUCACACACAGAACACGCCAAUAGAAGGGCCAAUAUUAGUUUCAGAUUCAGAUGACUUUGGCGAGUUCGUUUGCGAGUUGGUACAUCUUCCAAUUCCAACUUCCCAAAUUUUCCUCUGAUGACUUUGGCGAGUUCGUUUGCGAGUUGGUACAUCUUCCAAUUCCAACUUCCACAUCUUCCAAUUCCAACUUCCCAAAUUUUCCUCCGCAUUUAUAGCUUCAGCUGGCCUUAUUGUGGUGUACUUUGUCUUCGAUUGUCCUGUAUUUCCGUUGUAAUUGUAUUGAUUUCUUUUUCCGGUGAGAGUUUUUGGAAGGUUUCAGAAUUAGGUUUUUUUCCGUGAUUGUACACAUUCCUCGGCUAUUUAAAUCUGAGGAUGGGGAGCUGCACAUGGAUUUUAAAUCCCACGAAAGUAGAAGCCAGAUUUCUUAAGUUUGAUUGUAAUUAGCUCAAAGGCGGUCUAUCAUUUGGUACUGAAGAUAUCACUGCACGGAUAGAUAUACCUCGAUUUGUUGGCUGUUAUAGUUACGAACAACUAUUAACUACUGGAAUUUAGGCUCGGAAUGAGCAGGAGAUAUAAUACUAACCAAUUGCAGUUACGAAUA